AUGGAAAACAAACGGGUCUUCUUUGACAUCACGGCUGAUGGAAUUACCCUUGGCCGUGUGGUGAUAGAGCUCCGGUUUGAUGUGGUUCCCAAAACUGCAGAAAACUUCCUCAAACUAUGCACAGGAGAGGUUGGCUAUGGAUACAAGGGAUGCACUUUUCACCGUAUAAUCCCAAACUUCAUGUGCCAGGGAGGUGAUUUUACUAACCACAACGGCACAGGAGGUAAAUCCAUUUUUGGCGGUAAAUUUGAAGAUGAGAAUUUUAUCUUGAAGCACAGUACCCCGGGUGUCAUCUCUAUGGCUAACGCAGGACCCAACAGCAAUGGCUCCCAGUUCUUCAUUUCAACCAUCAAGGCUGACUGGCUCAAUGGGAAGCAUGUGGUGUUUGGUCAUGUUGUUGAAGGAAUGGAAGUUGUGAAAAAGAUGGAAAGUUAUGGAUCGAAUAGUGGGAAGACCAGCAAGAAGAUUGUUAUAGAUGAGUGCGGGAUCCUAAAUGAUACUCCUGCUGUUUGA